ACUGGCAUGACCUGGUUGUCGGGGGCGUGCAGGUGAGGUUUUUCGAAUACAAGUGCACCACACGAGCUCACCCAACCAGUUGGUGGUGGCCUCACAGCUUGAACAUUGUCAGUUCAGCUCCCGGGUAUAUCUGGUGGUGGGUGUCUUCGCCUCUCGCUUGGUCGAUAGCGAUUUCUUUGAAGUUGCAGACAUGGACUCAACCCUCUCCUGUUUCUCGUUGCUGCUGGCCAUUGUGCUGCUUUCCGAUCUACCUGCAGCAUAUGGCGCGGCCGUGAGCGCCACUCGCCUGCGCUGUGGCCGGGGCUGGCUGGAGGUGACGGUGCAGCUGGAGUUGCUGGGCGUGGGGGCCCAGGCGCUGCGACGGGGAGGGUUGUACCUGGGCGAGCCGGCAUGUCACGCCACCGGCCAGGAGGAGGGUGGCUCCCUUGUCCUCCUCUACAACCUCAGCGCGUGUGGCACCCAAGCCUCGGUGGAGAAUGAUGACAUCGUUUACACAAACUACCUGCAUUACGAGCCUGCCGCUCGCAGUGACAUCGUUAGAGUCCACCGGGCGAGCGUCUUCCUGGAGUGCCGAUACCACAGGAAGCACAACGUGACAAGUGGUGACGUUGCUCCAACGUGGCUGCCCUACACCAGCGAGCGCGUGGUCCAGCAGCGGCUGCCCUUCCGCCUGCGAGCCGUGAGCGACGACUGGCUCAGCGAUUACAGUGGCCCGUACCGGCAAGGUGAUGAUGUGCAUGUGGAGGCUUCCGUGGACCUUGGCCCCCACCUCGACUUCCUGCUGUUCAUCGACGAGUGCUUGGCCAUGCCCUUUCUGAGCCCCGACGAACCCAAUGCUGAAAUGCUCAUCCAAAACCACGGGUGUCUAAAAAUCCAAAAUGGGCUCAACCCAGGUCGCUUCCAAGCAAGGCUGAGGCCGGAUCAGUUGCGGUUUUCUUUCAAGGCCUUUGGAUUCCAGCAAAACUCAUCCAGUCAGGUUUAUCUGCGAUGCAACCUCAAGGUGGCAGAACGAACAUCUUCCAAUGCUGUUGACAAGGCGUGCACCUACUUCCCCGAGGGAUGGAUCUCCCCAGAUGGCAAUAACCAAGUAUGCUCAUGCUGCAACAACCUCUGCUCAUCGUCUGCCCCUGCCAAGGCUGCACCUCUUCCACUCGGCAUUGUGGUGAGCGGCUACGUGGGCCUGGGCCCCCUGACCGUGAGCGGGGACCAAACGGAUCAUCCCGCCAUCGACAAGCGCGACCUGCUCCGCUUCGGGAGGGCCCAUGACCACGCCGACUCGAGCGGUGAGGCGGCUGCGACAACGGCGGCGGUGGUGUUGCCUCUCGCCGUGACGGUGCUCGUGGCUGGCACUCUGGCAUGGAGGAGGAGGAAACUCCCACUACCCCGUGCCCUGAUCCCAGCGUGCUGGCGAAUCUAGCACGGACCGCUGGAACUUUCCACUCGUCCAGAGGCAUUCACCAGCAGGCAAAGCACCCCUGCCGCCCUCCCCGUCAUGGUUUGGCCGGCACGCGUGUGCCAUUGGAGUGUCGAGUUUGGGCUUUUUUGUGGUAUUUGCGGGUUUUGUUUUGUGGUGUUACAAAAUAUGAUGGUGCACCUGUCUGUGGUAUUUGCCUUGGGAAAAAAAAUAAACAAACACACAAAUUGGUCUUGUUGCUCUCGCUUUGUAGUUGCUGCAGUAGUACCCGUCAGACGCUUGUUACAAUUUAUUGGCCUACAUUUUUUGAAAUCUAAAAUAACUUGACCACCUUUGCCUGUCGUUAGACAUA